CUAAAAGGCUGUUUUUCAAUUAGCCCAAGAUGGCUCGUACCAAGCAGACUGCACGUAAAUCCACUGGUGGGAAAGCGCCGCGGAAGCAGCUGGCUACUAAGGCAGCUCGGAAAAGCGCUCCAGCCACCGGCGGCGUGAAGAAGCCCCACCGCUACCGGCCCGGCACCGUGGCUCUGCGGGAGAUCCGCCGCUACCAGAAGUCGACCGAGCUGCUGAUCCGAAAGUUGCCUUUCCAACGCCUCGUGCGAGAAAUUGCUCAGGACUUCAAGACCGACCUGCGCUUCCAGAGCUCUGCGGUGAUGGCGCUGCAGGAGGCCUGCGAGGCCUACUUGGUGGGGCUCUUUGAGGACACCAAUCUGUGCGCCAUCCACGCCAAGCGGGUGACUAUCAUGCCCAAGGACAUUCAGCUCGCACGCCGCAUUCGUGGGGAGAGAGCGGCGCGAAAUUGGAAGAAUCGGACCAAUCAGAAGGCCUUUGCCUUUAUAAAUAGGAGUAAGACCAGCUGUUUCUUCAGUCGCGACCAUUUUCUGAACCCUCCUCUCAUGGCUCGUACCAAGCAAACAGCUCGCAAGUCCACAGGCGGCAAGGCUCCGCGCAAGCAGCUGGCCACCAAGGCGGCCCGCAAGAGCGCUCCGGCCACCGGGGGCGUGAAGAAGCCGCAUCGUUACCGGCCCGGCACAGUUGCUCUCCGGGAAAUCCGCCGCUACCAGAAGUCCACCGAGCUACUGAUUCGCAAGCUGCCGUUCCAACGCCUGGUCCGUGAGAUCGCACAGGACUUCAAGACCGACCUGCGCUUCCAGAGCUCCGCGGUGAUGGCGCUGCAGGAGGCCUGCGAGGCCUACCUGGUGGGGCUCUUUGAGGACACCAACCUGUGCGCCAUCCACGCCAAGCGGGUGACUAUCAUGCCCAAGGACAUCCAGCUCGCUCGCCGCAUCCGCGGAGAGAGGGCAUAAGUGGUACUAAAGGCGAGUGCCAACGUAAACCAAAGGCUCUUUUCAGAGCCGCCAAC